UUAUUUAUCUAUGCGUUGAGUUACGCUUACAGCUGACUGGAACUGAUAAUCUGUGGAGAAGAAUGGUCGGCGAGGCUGUGGUAGGAGGUGUGUGUGUCAUGGAACGAGGGGAAGACGUAAGGAUUGUGUGAACGCCGAAAGAAGGUACAAGAAUUGGCAUUGUAAGCAAGAGCAGAGACACUGUAGAUACGAGCAGUUUAAUACGGCAUUCAUUCCAUCAUAAGAAAAUGCUAUUACUGAGGAGCCAAAUUUAUUUCUAAGGAAUUAAAAAGAGUGUGGGUGGAAGAAAUCGCUAAGCAAUACCAAAUAAGGAAAAGUCAUUCUUUUUUGUGUUUAGUGUGAAGGAAGAAUUUCUCCAGACAGAUAAGUUUCUUCUUCUUUGAGAGAAAUGUCAGACAGUGCUAAAGAUCAGAAUGGAAAGGCAGAGUUAAAGAAAAGGUUGACACCAAUGCAGUACCAUGUAACUCAAGAAAAGGGCACAGAAAGGGCAUUUACAGGGAAAUACUACAAAACAAAAGAUGCAGGAUUGUAUACAUGUGUAGUAUGUGGAGAGGAGCUGUUCUCAUCUGAAACAAAGUUCGACUCUGGCUGCGGUUGGCCAGCCUUUAACGAUGUGCUAGACCAGGGCAAGGUAAAGUUAACAAAGGAUACAUCUCAUGUUCUUUGUUUACAUGGUUGCUCAAGGGCAAAAGACCCGUUACGAAGUAAGCAGAGUAAGAAGGCCAACAAAACAAAGACAUGCACACAAACAAAAGAAUUAAGAAAAAUCAGUUGUGUUAUUUAUGCAGUAUCCAUUCAGUUAGUGCUUUCACACCAACCAUGUCUCAUGAGGAGACACAAGGAAAUGUGAACAUUGAAUUAUUGUGACCUUUCUAAGUGUUAAUAAGUUUCAUUACAUGUGUAAGAACUUUGAACUAAUAUCAGAAGCCACAGAGUGAAAAUAGUGAUUCUUACAGGAGAAUGGUUCCAUAACUUACGAAUCUCUGAUUAAUUCUGGUGUCUAACCUUUUAUGGUCAAUGUAAAAUUAUGUCUCAAGUGCCCUCACCCAAGUAUUUAUACUAGAGAAAGUUUACAUCUUACAAAAGGUACUGUUAUCAUUUCCUAAUGAGCUGUUUUCAUGAGGACAUUUUGCACCAUAUUAGGUUAUUAAUGUGGAAUGUUGUCAGAUAUUUGUCUCCACCACCAAUGUGAGAUUUAUAUUAGAAUCACUGGUAAACUGGUGUUUGUGAUGGACAAUACAUGUGUGUAAUCAUAAUACCGGUAGAUGAAAGAUGCUUGUAUUGUAAUUCUCAUUAUUUAUAUGCAUAUGAGUUUGUGGCUUGGGACUGAAGGAUUGCAGUAAGUUACACUACUUCAGGUUGUGGCAUAAGAGCAUACAGUGGAUUAAAUAGUAAAUAUUAGAGUGACCAAAUCAGGGAUAUUGAGACGGACAGGACCCAACACACAUGGAGGAGAAAAAGAAGCAUGCACAAUUUUUAUUGGAAAAUGUGAAAAGACGAAACUGUCUGGGAGACAUAGAUGUAUGCUGGAGAAUAUCGUUAUAAUACAUACAUAUAUUUCACAUUUCACAAGUCCAAAAUACAAUGAACAUGAAAUUGGUCACAAGCAUAACACAAACAAACAAAGCAGAAAGACAAUAUCAAGCUAAACAAACGCUGUAACUAAGUAUUUACUGUAUGCUCCAAAAAUUUAUCAGCUGUAUAAAAUGAGUUAUUCAUGAGAUAUGAAAAUAAAUUAUUUUUAAAACUGA